AUGAAGUGGCAUGUGGGUGAUCCAACUGGCACAGUAAUAGUUGGUACACCUGGAGUCUUUGGAAACACGUCAACUCUAUUAAACACUACAAUGGCUGCCCGAAUGGAUCAAUGGUCUAAUUUAUAUGUUGUCGAUCGAUCGAAUAAUCGAAUUCAACUCUUUUGUUCUGGUACUACAACUGGUAUGACUGUGGCUAGGACUGGGACUGGUGGCUCCACCCUCAGGGGGCCAUAUGACGUGGCUUUCGAUUCACAAAUGAAUUUUUUAAUUCGGUGUAUUGGUUCAUCAAUCAUCGACAAUGAUAAUGCAUUAGUCGUUUUACAACAAACGUUCAAUUACAAUUUUGAAUAUAUAUUUCAGACACGUUUAACAACACAUGAAUUUAUUGAUUAUCUUAAAAUAUUAUUAAGUAAACAUAAUCAUGAUAUCAAUAAUUCAUCAAUAAUUGAUCAAACUUGA